CAGCAGAGGCAACGAAGAAGAUGGGUCAUGGCGGUUCAGGUGGAGUUGAGUUGUUUGGAGACUUUUCCGUCACACCUCAGUCCUCUGGAUGUUUUGAUGUUUAAAUCACACUUGGACUCGGUCUUCCUAAAGCACACGGAUCCGCCGAUCGUCCUCUUCACCCCGAAGCGGCCUCAGGGCUUCGGCAGGUCGGGCAUUUUUCUGCGCGUUCAUCAGACUACCGAGGAGGACACGGCUGACUGCCCCAGAGUCGACCCGGAGUCAGCGCGACGGGUUCGUCUGUUCACCAGCCGGUUCUUCCUGCGGCACCACGGGCUCCAGCGGUUCAGAAGUACCGGAACCGUCCGGGCUGCGGAGCCGGUCAGCCUGCACAGAGUCAUCCUGGGAGCCUGCAGCAGACAGAGCCUCCGCCUGACCGGAGCGGAGCGCUUCACCGGCAGGCUGCUGGAGCUCUGCCGCUCGGGACAUUGGCUGCUGGCUCGGCAGGGAGACCCGCUGCUGCUUCCCCGCCAUCCGACACUGGGAGAGGACCCGGGACAGGUGCAGCAGCAGCUGUUGGAGCUGCUGGUGUUGGAGUGCAGUCCUGUAACACAGGGGAGGAUCACAGCUGACACCUCUCUGGUUCUGACUGACUGCUGGGAUUCAGUGGACCCCCCAGGUGCCCCCCCACCCUGCAGACCACUCAGACUCUGUGUGUCAGACUUCGCGCAUUAUGCCGAUGACCUCGGUGCUGGACGAUGUCUACUUGAUAACAAGAGACUGCUGGGCUCUGGAUUCUCAGGUGUCCUGCAUGCGUUGGAGUGCAGGGUGGAAGUCCAGGUAAUGGACACCCAGCAAUGGCUUGAGAUCAGAGAUCAACAGGGAGCAGCUGUGGACAUGGACAGCUGUGUGUUUGUGAGCAAACAGCUGCUUCUCAGACUGGGGCUCUUCAACCAGGAGUGGGUGAGGCUGUUGAGGCCCAGCAGAUCUUCCAGAGCACCCACAGGAGAGGCUGAUUUCAUGGGGGGCGUCUGCAGAGAGAGGCUGGUCUCCGUAGUGGUGAUGGAUCUGGUGCUGAGUCCAGAACUACAGAGCCAUGAUAACUUGGGCUUCAUAUCACCGACUCUGUGGUUCAACAUGACUGAAGGAGAAGUGAUCCCUGUGAACAGCUGCAUGCUCAGGAUGAAGAGGUGGGAACCACCUUUUCCACAGCCCGGUGACUGUCGCUCUGACAGUUUCUGCCGCUCAGCUUCUCCACCAUAUGCCAGCGAGCUUCACAUCCAGCUGGUCGCCUCUCCGCUGUACAACAACCUCGGCUGCUAUGACAACUUGCUGGCUCAACAUUUCAGUACAUCCAGAUUGGUUUCACCAGGAGACAUCCUGACAGUUCCAGCUGAAAACCAUCCAGACCUGCUUAAGAGCAACUCUGAAGGGAUACACAGGUGUCCAGUGCUGUUCUUCAGGGUGCAGAAGGUGUGCUCAUCUGCAGGGAGAGAAGGAGGAGGAGGAGCUUAUCUGGCCAACAGACAGCGCACCUCACUCUAUAUGGGGGCAUCUACGUGUAUAAACAGCCCCGUCCCCGGCUGCUUUGCAGAGGGAGCAUCUCUGUGGAGCAGUUUGUUUCCUCCUGGCCUCAACAAGACUGUGGACCUCCUCAUCAGCACCAUCCUGCCUUACCUGCAGCACAGCUGCUCUCUGUCUAGUUGCACUGUCCUCCUUCAUGGUGCUGCAGGAAGUGGAAAGAUGACAGCGUUGAGAGUGGCAAGCGGCAGGCUGAACCUCCACCUGCUGAAGGUCGACUGUGUGACCUUGUGUGCUGACAGUCCUGCAGCCUCUGAGGCAAAGCUAACGUCAGCGUUUCAGAGGGCUGAGGCCCUGCAGCCCUGCAUCCUGCUGCUCAGGAACCUGCAGCUCAUCCUCAGGUCACGAGGGGCCACCGAGAGUGACUGCAGGGUCCAGGCGACGCUCUGCCAGCUGCUCAGCCGCGCCCCCACCAGUGUGGUGAUGGUGGCAACUGUCUGCAGACGACGAGAUUUGCCCGCAGGUGUUGUGGCAGCGUUUGUCCACCAGCUGGCGAUAGAGAGUCCAACUGAAGAGCAGCGGCAUGCCAUGCUUUCCAGCCUGAGUCAAGACCUUCACUUGGGGAAGGAUGUCAACCUGGAGAGUCUCUCCAGACUCACCACAGGUUUCGUGUUGGGGGAUCUCAGAGCGUUGUUGGUUGAGGCUGGUAGAGCUGCCUGCCGGAGGCUCAUCCACACCUGUGGUGGUCAGCAGCAGGAGGAUCUGUGCUCCAGCGGAGUAGCUAUCCUGAACCAGGACUUCACCUCCGCCUUGGAGAUCCUGCAGGACGCCCAGUCCAAGGCCAUCGGAGCCCCAAAGAUCCCUCGUGUGCAUUGGGACGAUGUUGGAGGUCUGCAGCACGUGAAGAAGGAGAUCCUAGACACCGUCCAGCUUCCUUUGCAGUGUCCUGAGCUCUUGUCUUUGGGUCUGAACCGGACUGGAGUCCUGCUGUACGGCCCACCGGGGACAGGAAAGACUCUGCUGGCCAAAGCUGUGGCCACUGAGUGCUCCAUGACCUUCCUCAGUGUCAAGGGUCCAGAGCUCAUCAACAUGUAUGUGGGUCAGAGUGAAGAAAACAUCAGAGAAGUUUUCCACAGAGCACGCUCAGCAGCUCCCUGUGUUAUCUUCUUUGAUGAGCUGGACUCUCUGGCUCCCAGCAGGGGGCGCAGUGGAGACUCUGGAGGGGUGAUGGACAGAGUCGUGUCUCAGCUGCUGGCUGAGCUCGAUGUGUUGCACUCAUCUGCCGGGGUUUUUGUCAUCGGAGCCACAAAUCGUCCAGACCUGCUGGACCAGUCGCUGCUGAGGCCUGGCAGGUUUGAUAAGCUGGUCUACGUGGGAAUUAAUGAGGAUCGAGUUUCCCAGCUGCAGGUUCUCCAGGCCAUCCUCAGAAAGUUUCAGGUAGACCCCGCUGUGAACCUGCAGGAGGUGGUGGACUGCUGCCCCGCCCACAUGACCGGUGCUGACCUGUAUGCUCUUUGUUCAGAUGCCAUGACAGCAGCCAUCAAAAGGAAGAUCUCCCUCAUCAAUGACAGUCUGGAUUCAGAGGACUCUCCGGUCUUCCUCUCCAUCGAGGAUUUUUCCACUGCUUUAGAAAACUUCAAGCCGUCUGUUUCUGACCAGGAGCUCCUGCGAUACAAAGACAUUCAACAAAAACUAACUGCAAAGUAGAAACACACAAACUGUUGUGCGUCUUUGCAUGUAUGUCAAUAAAGUUGUAGUCACAGUCUUUCUC